AUAAACUCACUGCAUUUUUACUAAUCGUUAUCUAAACGGAAUUUGUUAUAUAUACACAUAUCUGCAAACAGCGUGCAUCAUAAAGAUUUACCAUGUGUAAUAUGGAUAAUAAUCUGACAUUUUAUUCACUCAUAUGUUUACUAAUCGCACCGGGGAUAUCGCAGACAGAUGUUUGUUUACAUUACAAAAUUCUUAACAAAACAAUAUUGCAGACGGAUAACACAUUAUUAGGACAUGUAACGAUACCAGUGGGCUGGUAUAGAUAUACGGGGACAACAUCUGGUGUCAUAGCAACAAGUUGUCCAACAAAAAGGAAUGCGUGUGGUGCCAUAAACCAAGUUUGGAUAGAAGGUUGUUCAUGGGCUUUGCCUACAUUUGCAAGUGGUAUCCAACAAAUUUCAGCAUGCGUACGAACCGACGAAAGUAGCACUGUCAAAUGCUGCGGAUUGAGAAACAAACUCGAUAUUGCCAAGUGCAAUGGUUUCUUUGUGUACCACUUGACGCCUUCGGGGCCUGAUAUCCAUUACUGCUUCAAUUCUACAGCGCCAGAUCUGUCGACGGAAACAAUGCCAAAUACAACCAUUCCCCCAACACAAGCUCCCACAACAACUAGAACGGGGUCUUCAACAGUAACUACCCUUAACUCUGCCCCACAGACCCUGCAAGCAGUAUCAGCUCUUAUUUCGAGAAAUAGAACAACAACUGCAUGCAUUCUGUGCGGGGUUCAGAGUGCACCUGGGGGAGUGACACGCGCCGGUGGUAAUGGACACUUGAACGCAAGUCUGUGCAGCCUUCAGAAUCGCGACACUGACACCAUUUCCGGUUCUUGUGACUUCAACAGGGACAAAUGUGGCUACAGCUUCCCUCCAAAUUUGUGGUACAUUCACUCGGAGAACUUCGGUGGCCUGAUUUACGGAAAGAUUCCCGGAGACGACCAUGGCCAGGAUCAGACGUUCGCCAACUUUCAGUCCAACGACCCCAAAGUGAACGACACGGAUCGCGUGGGGAGCAGCAUCCUGUCGCCUCUUAUCAGCAGCGAACAUGUCUGUCUCAAGUUCUGGUUCCUGAUGCCCAACCAGAACUCGCGCCUCGAGGUGUACGUCGUGACCUCCGGUGACAACGCCAGCUCUCUGGUGUUUGACAACAAGUACAAGCCCGCGUCCCAGUGGAAGGAGGUGCAGCUCGAGGUGUCGUCGGCAAAACCUUUCCAGAUUAAGUUCGAGUCAGUGAAGGAGAACAAUUAUGGCUACGUGGGACUGGAUCACAUACAGGUGCUCGUGGAAAAAGUCAUUACAACUACGACAACUACAACGACGCAGUUGCCGACAACUUCAAUUCUGACUAUGUUGACGACAACAUCAGAAAUUCCAACCACCACUAUCAACACAACAACAAAACAUUUUCCUACCACUACUACUGCAUCCCCGACAAGUUCUACUGACACUCCGUCUACUACAACAACGCCUACUAAAAUAAUGCCUACUACAACAACGCCUACACCAAUAAUGCUUACUACAACAACGCCUACUACAAUAAUGCUUACUACAACAACGGCAUCUACUAUGCCAGUUAUCACUACCACAGCAGCGACAGCGCAAAAUACUACAUCUGCAGGACCAUGUAGCUGUAACUGCCCAACGGUGGCAACGGUGUGUGCGGGUAGCCAGACUACACCUAAAAGUACGCCUGCUCCCACCGUAUGCGACAGGUCACCGGAUCAGCUCUCAGUACAAUCCCAGUACAGCUGCAGCUUCGACGCCGGCCUGUGUGGAUACUCACUUCCGGUUUACCCUCACUUGUGGGACUACAUCCACUUCCGGUACGGCAAUGCCUCCAUUGGGGAGAUCGUGGGGGACGCAUCUCCAGGGGGUGCGGAAGGAUAUCUCGUCUUCAACACGAACAACUAUCACGUGCAGAACCAGACCUCUCACGCGCUCCGGUCACCAGAGCUGCAGCCAUUCAUCGAAUACUGCCUCUCCUUCCGGUACAACAUGCCCACCAACGUCUCUAACCUUCGUGUCUACAUGAACUACGCCCUUUCCCAUAACCGCACUGCGGCUUAUCUGGCAUAUCGUGUGGAGAACAUGAUGACUUCCGGUUGGAAACAAGUGAAAGUCGCUUUACGCGCGAGCGACCGCUUUACGUUGGAGUUUAAGAGCACGAAGUUUUCAGAGCUCGGCUUUCUUGGUCUGGACGGCAUAACUGUGUCUAUUGUUCCAGUCAAGCCGCACAUCAAGCGUUCGGUGGACUCCGCCCCGGCACGUAGCACACGUGACCUCUAUGACCCCACGUGCGCCUGCACAUGCCCGACUGCGCGUGUCAUCGAUUGUGACACGGCGACCAUGGAACCCCAAUACCAUUCCUGCUCGGAUAUAACUGACGCAAUCCUGCAGAAGAAGAUGUCCUGUGAUUUUGAUGACGGCACCGGGUGUAAUUUUGAUGUGCCUACUUACCCCCGCCUCUGGGAUCUCGUGCGAUAUCGCUACGGCAACGAGAGUGUAGGAGAAAUUAACGGCGAUUCUUCUUCAACUGACGGCAGCGGAGUGUAUGCAGUGUUUACCACAGACGACCAUUACGUGCAGCCAGGAGACUCCAGCGAAAUAAAGACCCCAAUAUUCAGCGAGACCGGAAAGUUCUGUCUAGGCUUUAAGUACAACAUGCCGACAGAGGACGCAAUGCUGUCUGUGUUUUCUAUUGUCGGCGGCGUUCGUCGGCAAGUUUGGUCGGCGAGUCAUCCCACUAGCGGCUGGGUUGAGGCAACGGUGAUCCUGAAUUCAAACCAAACAUUACAGAUUGCGUUUUCAUCAACGAAGAAAAGUGAAGACUCCUACUUCGGAAUCGAUGAUGUGCGCCUGUACUCCAACGUCAACUCUAACGUCUAAAAUGACGUCAUAUAUGAUAUCGUCUGAAGAAUGAUCCAUUUUUCGAAUUAAUGUUCGUGUGAAGUAUACAUAAAGGACUUAAGAGUCUACGAGUCUAGCAUGCAUUUGUACCAUUGCAUUAUUGUGCAUGUAAUAAUCACACUCUGUUCGUCAAUAUGAACAUUAUAAAUAACGAGGCCUGUUA